ACAGUCGCACAGCAAGAAGCGAAUGGAAUUUUCGGGUUACCUCUUUACGGAUUCAAGCUGGUCUGCGAAUACGAAGGGGCUUGGCACGUGGUGCCUCCUAACGAGAAUGAGUCGGGUACCGAAGGAGUCUAUCUGAAUGGACUAUCAGCAGUAGAAAUUAGGCAACUAGCAAUUCUUGCAUGGGCCUAUCUGAAACAGAUAUCACGCGUACUUCUUUGCACCGACUCCUCAAUCCUCAGUCUCAACGACCUAUUCAAUGAAAUCGAAUCAAUGGCGGAAGGGCUUGCAGAUGAACUAAAUGAAAGUAAAAAUCUGCAAACUGAUGUCGCAUCAACGAAGUUGGAUGAGGAUAAAAAUGAAUUAAUUGAGCCCGGCAUAAGUAAUCUGUCUUCCACAAAAUGUAACAGCCCAGAAAGUGAAAAAAAUGUUCUUGAAUACCCAACUGCACAGUCAAACAGCCAGCUUAUUGUCUAUGGACAUGGAAAUGCACCGAUAAAGAACUUUUGUCUACCCUACCUAUGGACUUCCGGAAGAAGUAUUGGCAUAAAAUAA